AUGGUUGGAGUGGGGCAGAGGGUCACCGUCUCAGACAGUGGGUCAGAGACAUACAUUAAACCAUUCAGCAAAGUGGAGGUUAAAGAGGUGGAGAUGACACACGGGAUGAUUGACAGCAUGACAGAUGUCACCACACCUCUAUCGGUCAGAAGCAGCAGUGACCCCUCCCUUGCCCCGCCCCAUGAUGUGUUUCCAUUGGACCCCAAGGAGAGCAGCAGACCUCAGCCAACAGGACCUGGUCAUGCGACGGCUUUAAAGGGAGGGGCAAUGGAUAAAACUAAAGUGGACGUCCCGUACACCAGGUCUACACAAAUGGACAAAAGCGGCCUGACUCGGACCGUGGAGAUCUCGGGAGAAAAGGGACCUCUGGGAAUUAAAGUUAUACCGUACUCUUCAUCUCUGAGCGGAAGGACUCUGGGUCUUCAUAUCCGAUCGGUGGAGGAAAACAGCCGCUCUGCGCGAGAGGGCAUCUUUCAAGAGGACGAGUGCAUUGUUCAGAUCAAUGACAUCGAGUUAAUAGACAAGUCCUUUGCUCAAUCUCAGGAGGUGUUUCGCCAGGCGAUGUUUUCUCCCCCAGUGCGUUUGGAGGUGCUUCCUGUUGCCAACAAGGUUCGCUAUGAAAAAAGCUUAAUCGGGCAGCUUUUCAACAGCACCGAUCCUGACCCUGUCCUCCCUAAAGUCAAAAGUCCCUUCUUGAUCCGCAAAAUGGGUUCCAGCACUGCUACCACGCCAUCUCCGGAGCCCCCUGUUUCACAGACCCCGUCCCUUAAAGAGGAGGAGCUUCCACUCGCAAGACACAAGCCAGUCAACCUGGACAUGCGCAAAGACACGCCCUCUCCUCCCGUCAGCGCAUCACCGACCAUGAAAGAUCGCAGCGAGAGCCCUGCUCCCAAGACGCCGGCCCUCGCCACGCUGGUUGAUAUGAUAAACAAAAAGCCUGAGAAGAAAAUGAGGGUCGAUUUGAGAAAAGGUACAGAGGGCCUGGGUUUCACCGUGGUAACCAGAGACUCGUCUCUUCAUGGUCCGGGACCCAUUCUGGUCAAGAGCAUUUUACCCCGCGGAGCAGCCAUUAAAGACGGCAGACUCAAAUCAGGAGACCGUAUCCUGGAGGUAUGA